CCCGUCCUUCAGUAGCUUAUGAUCGAACAGGGAGUAUUCUGCUUCGUCCUCAUCGAAUUCAUCGAUGAUUGCAAAAAUGACAGUCCCGACGCAGUUCUGAGCCGGAUUCGUCGAGUCGAGCGAGCAGCCCCGGCGGAUAGUCAGUGCGCCAGUGAAUAUAAGAUGCAUCCCCCGACAAGUGCAGGAGCAGCGUCUCUCGUCAGAACUCGCAAGUGUCCGUGCCUACUCCGAUGAGGUUAUUGCGGAGAGCCACUGGGAUUCCGAGAAUUUCGCUCGCAAGCUCGCAUUCACCACGACCCCAGUGUGCAGAGGCACCGUCGUAAGUACGACAGCAGCAACAACAACAACAACAACAACAACAACUGAUGCUCCCCUAGAGAUAGAUAAAAGAAGGAGAAAUAACAAUUUCAGCGUUUUAAUAGAAGAUAGUAUUUUAUUAAAAAAAACAUGUCGCAAGAAGAGAACAAAUCAUUCGAAAAUAAUGUAAGCGCAAGAGCAGUUGUUUAUACAGCAGUGGAAAAGUCAAUAUGCGUGCCUAAGGCCAAAGCAAGAGUCAAGUUGUGAGUGCCAAGUAUUUGCUCAAUCUUCAAUGGAAUCACGCUACUAGAUCGCUCGCUAGCGAUUAAGACGGCAGCUUCCUUCAGAUAAUAUCAACUGAAGAAGAACGAUGCAGCAGACUAAACAAAAUCCUAUAGGCUCGAGUAACCAAGACAACUAUCAGUAUGUUGGGCCUUACCGACUAGAGAAGACCUUGGGCAAGGGUCAAACCGGUCUGGUCAAGCUGGGAGUCCACUGCGUUUCGGGCAAAAAGGUCGCCGUAAAAAUCAUCAACCGGGAGAAGCUGUCCGAAUCCGUGCUGAUCAAAGUGGAAAGGGAGAUCGCCAUCAUGAAGCUGAUAGAUCACCCUCACGUUCUGGGCCUAUCCGAUGUCUACGAGAAUAAGAAGUAUUUGUAUCUCGUUCUGGAGCACGUGUCCGGCGGCGAAUUGUUCGAUUAUCUGGUGAAGAAGGGCAGACUGACGCCCAAGGAGGCGCGGAGAUUCUUUCGACAGAUCAUCUCUGCGCUCGACUUUUGCCACAGCCACAGCAUAUGCCAUCGCGAUCUCAAGCCGGAGAACUUGCUGCUCGACGAGAAGAACAACAUAAAGAUAGCGGACUUCGGAAUGGCUUCCCUGCAACCGGCCGGCUCUAUGUUGGAAACGAGCUGCGGCUCGCCUCACUACGCCUGCCCGGAGGUCAUCAGGGGCGAGAAGUACGACGGGCGCAGAGCGGACGUCUGGUCCUGCGGGGUCAUUCUCUACGCCCUACUGGUCGGGGCUUUGCCCUUCGACGACGACAAUUUGAGGCAACUGCUCGAAAAAGUGAAGCGCGGCGUUUUUCACAUUCCACAUUUCGUUCCUCCGGAUUGCCAAAAUCUUCUGAGGUCUAUGAUAGAGGUCAAUCCAGACAAAAGACUGACCUUGGCCGAGAUAAACCGGCACGUGUGGGUCACCGCGGCGGGCAAAGGAGAGCUCGAGCUCGAGUUGUCGAUGAUGGAUGUAGUGCAGACCCAUGUGAUUCCGUCCGAGGAUGCGAUCGACCCCGACGUCCUGCAAGCCAUAGCGAGCCUGGGUUGCUUCAAAGAACGAGAGAAGCUCAUAAAGGAGCUGCUCAGUCCAAACCACAACACGGAGAAGGUCAUAUACUUUCUUCUGCUCGAGCGGAAGCGCAAGAGACCGGCUUGCGAGGACGAGCUGGAGGUCAUGCGGAACAGCACGCGGGCCAACGCGACUCAGGAAGAUCCCCCCAAGAAGCGCAUAGACACUUGUCGAAUCAACGGCAAUAGCAAUUUAAAUUUAGGCCAAAUUAGCCAGGGCUCUCCGCUCACACCGAGGAGGCAAUCCAGUUUGCGACAGCAUUCCAAGCGCUCGCCGAGCGGCACCCACAUCCACGUGACGCACUCGGUUACGCCCGGGGCGAAUGUCUCGCCGCUUUUCGCCCCAAACCUCAGCGGCACUCACAAGGUUGCCUCGUGCCUGCAAGCUGGCCAAGUGAGCAGCCCCAGGCGCAUGUCCCCCAGCGUAAUAUCCAGCGGCAACGACUGCUCCAAUCAAACUCCCGUUCUAACGACGCCUUCGCCACUGGCAAACAUCGGCAUCGAAAUUAACGAUGUGCAGCCAGUUGCAAACGUAGAAGAAACGCCUCCCGGAUCCCCGCAUACCACUGCUACGAGCUCCGGCGGUGUGCACCACUGGAGAUCGAGAUUAAACACUAUUAAGAACUCCUUCCUCGGUAGUCCGCGCUUUCAUCGCCGCAAGCUGUUGACGAGCGCCGAGGACGUAAGCGUACAGCUCACUCCGGAGUCGUCUCCCGAGUUCACGAAAAAGUCCUGGUUCGGGAACCUCAUGACCACGGAGAAGGACGAAACAUUUACAGUAUUAGUGAAGGGAAAGCCAUUAGCUACUCUCAAAGCUGAUCUGAUUCACGCUUUUCUUUCGAUCGCUGAACUAUCUCACAACGUGAGUUCUCCUAUGUCAUUCAAGGUGGAGUACAAGAGGAAUAGUACGGGUCCAGUUAUGUUUCAAAGACAAGUACGCUUUCAAGUAGAUUUAAGUGAAAUAUCAAAACAGUCAUCCGAGGCUCUUUUCGCCAUCACGUUCACUCUUCUUAAUGGAAACAUAAGGAGGUUUAGAAGGCUUUGCGAGCACAUUCAGUCCCAAGUAUGCGGUAAAAGUACCAUGCUUCAGCUAGGAACUCCUUGCAAAGGAACUUCGGCUAGUCCGCGAACGUCGAGGAAGCAUUCGUUAGAAUUGAGCGAGAGUUCGAGUUGUGGAAGUGAUACUAGUGAUAGACUAUUCGUUGCUUCUCAAGCGAUUACGCGACAGGUCAACUCGGAUCUCGAGCCGGAGCACGCCACUUUGGAGAUACAGGCCACAGUGCAAGAGAUUCAAAGCGUCAGCUCGUCUUCAAAGAUUAGUCAAGACACAAAAAGCGAUGAAACUGUUGAAUGCCAAAACACUGUGGAUAAUAAGUUUAUAAAAACCAAAAGUGGCAACAAUAUAGCGUGAUACCACCAGAA